AUGACCAGCUAUUUAGAAUGGUUUCCUACGAUUAACAACACAAGUUAUAACAAUAAUUCUGUCUUUUACUCAUCGACAGCUUCAGCCAGACCUAGACAGUCGAUGUUUGGGAGAUGGAUGUCAAGGGUGCCAAAAGUUGAAAAAUAUUCUUUGGAGAAUUUAAGGCAAUUAGGUGAUAUACUUGAACAAUAUACAGUUGACUCUUAUUAUGAUGAAAAAAUUGUUGAGACCAUCAAAGAGAUUACCCAGGUUUUAAUUUGGGGAGAUCAGCAUAAGCCAGCAAUAUUAGAGUACUUCUUCGAGCAAAAUAUGCAUUAUCAUUUCUUACGAAUUUUAGAAACAACAAAAAGUCCACUCGUUACAAAGCAACUACUACAAACGAUGAACAUCUUGUUUGAGAAUAUUCAUGACUUAACUUCAUUAUAUUUUCUUUUAUCAAACAAUUACGUGAAUCGAGUGAUUUGUCAUGAAUUCGACUUUUCUAAUGAUGAAAUUCUAGCUUAUUACAUUUAUUUUUUGCGGACGCUUUCCUUCAAAUUGGAUACCAAUACUUUAUAUUUCUUUUUUAAUGAGCAUUUGGAUGAUUUCCCCCUAUAUUCCGAGGCAAUCAAGUUCUUUAAUGCAGAAGAGAGUAUGAUACGUGUAGCUGUUCGAACAGUCACGCUAAAUAUUUUUGCAGUAAAUGACAUACAGACACAAGAUUUUAUUUUGAACAAAAAAGUGGCACCAUAUUUUUCAAAUUUGGUCUAUUUCAUAGCGGAUCACGCGUCUACAAUGAAUGAACUAAGUAAGGAACCAUAUCAGAAUAAUCAUCAUUCAAAGAUCAGUUAUUAUUUGGCGGAACAUUGCGAUAUUUUCGACUAUAUAAAUGAUAUUAUCAAUUUGGACAUUAAAAAAAUUAAUGAUGUUUUAACACAUCAUGUAAUUGAAUUAUUGCUGAAGCCUUUUUAUGCGGAUAGUUUAUUGAGGGAAGAAUUGCUGCCUCCAUCCGAACAACAGAAUGUCCGGAUUAGUCCAAUUAUCGCGCUCGCGCUCCUAUGUCAUGUGUUACACAUAUUCCGAUACCCACCGUUAGUCACAUCUAUGGUGGCGAUGCUCUUUUCGGAUAUUCCACAUGGGUUAAGCUACGACACCGCAUCAUCACCAGAAUUCACAUCAUCAAUAACGACAGGGUCGAGAAAUCUAUAUCGAGAAGCAAUAUUUGACUGUUUAACACCGGAUGAAGAGUCGGAUGAUAAUGAAUUCUUCGAUUUAACUACAUUACCUGCUCUAUGUUUAAUAUACAUGUCAUGUCGGAAUCAUGCAAUAGCACCAGAUGUGUUGAUUGGUACGGGAGUUUAUUCUCAGAAAUUGAAAAUUACUCAAAAUCUCAUGGAAACACAGACAUCAAGUUCCGAAGAUUUAUUAAACGAAUUAGAUGACAGUCAGCAGAUUUCAAUGGAAUCUGUUUCGAUGGCUUCAUCUGCCACGUCUGCAUCACAUGAAAAAACUUUUUUUUCAGACACAAACGAGAAAUCCGAAAAGUCCAUUGGUGUCCUUGAUAAUAGUGACAUCCAUAUAUCAGACGCGUCACAUGAUGUUUCCUCAGAUAAACACACAAAAAAUGAACAUAAUGAUCAUAUUUCAAGUUAUAAUAAUAUGGUAAUUCCCGCGAUAAGAAUAUUUUCUGCUGAUGAUGAUUCUUAUGUCGAUGUUAACAUUCAGAAUGAAAAUAACCAUAAUCAUAUUGAGACACUAGCGUCGUCGAGGGUGAAUUAUCGACGCGAGCUUAUUUCAAAGCUCGUUUUACUUUUGUGCGAAUAUUAUAAUCGAUGUCGUCCUAUAACAAUUCAGAUGGCAACUGAAUUAUUAUUGGAGCUAAUUUACUAUAAUGGUGCAGGAGAAAGUUUGUCACACGAGCAGACAAGGAUGUUGUCGGAAACAGAAUCCUCCUUACAAGAGGAUAUGAUCUAUUAUUUCAAGGAGUAUCCCAAUUUCCCAUUAGAAUUAGUUGAAAAAGCAUUGAGGGAUUCGCAAUUCAAUGGCGAUAAAAUUGUCGUUUCUAUAAUAAUGGAUGCCAAAAUAUUAUUUCCACCACUUCCUCCUGUGCCGCCGCCUCCAAUAUCAAUAACACCUUCGAAAACACCCCCAGUUGAAUCGGGAAAAAAUUAUCGUGAAGAUGAUGAUAUAUUGAGAACAAUCAAAACAUUACAUCUUAUUCGGCAAUGUCGGAAACUAUUAUCACGACAGGGAAGAUCAUCAUCUGACAGAAUGUUUGACGAAGAGGAUCGCCAAGAUCCGGAUUCAAAUGAUGAUGAUGAAACACAACAGGCAAGAUUACAAAAUGCCAGAGCGUCGUCACCUUCAUCCCUUACUGAUGAUGACGAAAUAAAUCUUAUGCAACGAAAGAAAGAAUGUAAAUGUUAG